AUGCUGAUGGCCCGAGACACGGCGCGGGACGAGGCUCAGAAGCUUCACAGAAAGUGGCUGAAGCACCAGGCCUUUAUGGCGGAACUGGCUCGCAAUAAAGAAUGGCUGGCCAAGAUAGAACAGGAGGGUCAGGAGCUGAUCCAGGAGAAACCAGAGCUGCGUCCAGUGGUCCAGCAGAAGCUGGAGGAGAUCAGAGAGUGCUGGUCCGACCUGGAGACCACCACCAAGGCCAAGGCUCGCCAGCUCUUUGAGAACAACAAGCCUGAGCCGGCAGUAAAGAGCUACUCGGACCUAGACAACCAGCUCUCCCACCUGGAGCGGCAGCCCCCUCAGCUGGAGCAGGCUCACCAUCUGCCCACCUUCAAUGAGCAACUCCAGAAGUUCCAGGCCAUGGAGUCCCAGAUCGGGGACUUUUACAAGGAUGUGGGGGAGCUGGGCAGCCUGCAGGGGGUCUGCCUCCCCCAGCGAGGGCUGGUGGCAUGCGAGAAGGAGAGCGGUGAGCAGUCAGGCAUGGUGGAGACCCGCAUCGUCCGCCUCAUCGAGCCCCUGAAGGAGAGACGCCGCAUUCUGCUGGCCUCCAAAGAGAUGCACCAAGUCGCACAGGACCUGGAGGACGAGAUACUGUGGAUUCAGGAGAGGCUUCCUCUGGCCUCCUGUAAGGAUUAUGGGAACAACCUGCAGAGUGUGCAGCAGCAUGUCAAAAAGAACCAGACUCUGCAGAGGGAGCUGACAGGGCGACGGGCUCGUGUCGAGGAGGUGCUGGACAGGGCGGGGAUCAUUGCCUCCUUGAGGACUCCUGAGGUGGAGUUUGUGCGUGAGGGGGCGGGGCAUGUGCGCCAGCUGUGGGAGGUUCUGCAGCUGGAGACGGAGAGGAGGUCUGUGAUGUUGGACGCUGCACUGCAGUCUCACCAGUACUACAACGAAGCAGCCAAAGUGGAGUCCUGGCUGUCGGGACAGAAGCUGCAUCUGGUCAAUGAAGAGAAAGGAACGGAUGAGGGGAGCACCCUGCAGCUGCUGAAGGCUCACCUGACUCUGGAGCAAACCGUGGAAACAUAUGCAGAGACUGUGGGCAUGUUAUCCCAGCAAUGCCAGCAUCUACUGGAGGUUGGGCACCCAGACAGUGAGCAGAUCACCAAGCAGCAGUCGCACAUAGACCGGCUGUACGUGUCUCUGAAGGACAUGGUGGAGCACAGGAAGACCAAGCUGGAGCAACAGUACUGGCUCUAUCAGCUCAACAAGGACGUUGAGGAGCUGGAGAAGUGGAUCACAGAGCGAGAGGCCGUGGCCAGUUCCACAGAACUGGGACACGACCUGGAGGAUGUCACGGUGCUGCAGGAAAGGUUCACUAAGUUUUCCUCAGAGACAAACAAUAUGGGUCAGCAGCGCAUGGAGCAGGUGAACAAAAUGGUGAACGAGAUGAUCGACUGUGGACACUCUGACGCCGCAACCAUUGCAGAGUGGAAGGACGGGCUGAACGAGUCGUGGGCCGACCUGCUGGAGCUGAUGGAGACCCGCAGGCAGAUGCUGGCGGCGUCACACCAGCUGCACAAGUUCUUCACCGACUGCAAAGAGGUCUUGGCUCAGAUCGCGGGGAAGAUGAAGCAGCUGCCAGAGGUGAGGGCGUGCCAAGCCAACAUCACCAACCCGGCCACCCUGCAGAGACUGAUGCACUCCUUCGAACAUGCCCUUCAACUGCUCGUCGCACAGGUGAGGCAGCUGCAGGAGAAUGCGGCCCAGCUGAGGACCAUCUACGCUGGAGAGAAAGCAGAGGCCAUCAUGGUGAAGGAGCAGGAGGUUAUGGAGGCGUGGAAGGAGCUGCUGAGCUCCUGUGAGGCCAGCCGUGUCCAGGUCACCUCAGUAACCGACAAGGUGCAGUUCUUCUCUGUGGUGCGUGAGAACCUGAUGUGGAUGGAGGGCAUCAUGGGACAGAUAGGAUGGGAUGAGCCCAGGGAUUUGAUUGCUCUGGAAGGGAUGAUGAGACAACACCAGGAGCUGAAAGCCAAAAUCGACGGCCGCAGCAAGACCAUCCAGCAGUGCGCGGAUCUCGGCAAGAUCCUGAUCGCUGCGGGAAACCCUGCAUCAGAGGAGAUACAAGAGAAGCUGGACAGCCUUCUGGCCAAGCAGAAGGAUCUCAUAGAAAAAUGGGACAGACACCAGGAGAGGUUACUGCGCAAGCAGGAACACUUCCAGUUUGCACAGGAGACAGUGAAGGCGGAGGCCUGGCUCAAGGCCAAGGAGCCGCUGAUCACCUCCAGGGAGCCGGAGGCAGGCGAGGCCCGGGCCCAAACAGACGAGGUUGAGCAGCUCAUCCUUCGCCACGAGGCCUUCCGCAAGGCUGCUGUAACCUGGAAAGAACGCUUCAGCUCUCUCCGCCAGCUUUCCGCAGCCGAGAAGAAAAAAGAAGAGGAGAAAAAGACAACACCUCUCUCCAGUCGAAGGAUGUUCCCAUUAUCUUGUCUGACUCCCAGUGUUUCCUCGACCAGUGCUACCUCGUCUUUCUUGAGGCACACGGUACACGGACAGUUAGAAACCAAACCUUUGCAGACCAGUCUGGAUCUGGGUGCCACUCCUGCAACCCAGAGAUUGUCCUUGGGCGCUUACAACCCUGUCCUGAAUGGAUCAGGCUACCACGCGCUGGAGCAGCAGGGCUGUGGGAAGCUGGUCGGCUCCUCGUACCUUGGAAUGAACCACCCUGGGGUCGGAGCUGGAAGUGACUCGGGUUUCUCAGCGAUGACCUCCCACAGCGCUGGAGCAGACACUUCUACUUACCUUGGGAUAAACCAUCAAACUGUCGGCAGUGCAGAGAGCUCUGGGUACUUUGGACUGAAUACCGGGUCUGGGGGUGGAAUUCAGAACCAUCUCAGCAGUGGCAGGUUAGGAAGCUCAGGUAACCUAGCUCAGCAGCCGAGCAGCGGAGGGAUGGGAAGCCCAGGGUAUCUGCCUCAACAGAAUACGGGCAGUUCUGGAUAUUUGGCCCAAACACAAAACAUGGGAGGUUCUGGGUAUUUAGGACAGCAGCCUAAUUUAGGGAGUACAGGAUAUUUGGCACAACAGCCUAAUAUGGGUAGCUCUGGGUAUUUGGCACAGCAACCCAAUAUGGGAAGCUCUGGGUAUUUGGCACAACAGCCUAACUUGGGAAGUUCUGGGUAUUUGGCACAGCAGCCCAACAUGGGGAGUUCUGGGUAUUUGGCACAACCGCCUAACAUGGUGAGUUCUGGAUACAUAGCGCAGAAUUUUCAGAGCAGCGGGGGAAUGGGUAGCUCGGGCUUCCUGGCACAAAAUCAUUACAGCAGUGGAAGUCUGGGCAGCUCUGGAUUCCUGGCGCAGAGUGGCGGCAUCAUGGACCCUAAGAUGGCGUAUGCUUGGCAGCACCUGAAGGCUGACUUCAUGCAGCCCAGGAUUAACCACAUUCACAAGGCAGUGAACCCCCUUCUGGAGGCUAGCAGAGUGCAGCGGGAACAGUACGGGGACAUCCCAAUGGCUGACAUGGGUCCGGAAUCAGGGUUGGAGCUGCUCCACGGUCGGCUCCAGAGAGAUCCUCGUGGAAGUCGCUCUGAUCCUCAGAUGGACCAUCUGAGGCGAGAGAGAGAGUACAAGCUGGGUAGACAGACCUCCAGCGAGCAGGAGAUCCAGGCCAGGCUAAACGAGCUACCACUGAUUGUGCGUCAGGAGCGCUACCGCAGGCGCCUGGAGAGGCAGUCAUCCAGCGAACAGGAGGGGAGCAGCAAGCAGAGGCUGCAGAGGCAGGACUCGAGUGACCUGGAGGGCUCGGCCAAGGAGGGCUCCGACAAGCGCUCAGGGGACAAGAGAUCGACUAUGGCAGAGAUUGUAGAACAGGUCCAGGAGAGAGAAGCAGCAACUGCACGAGGAGAGCCUUACCGCCCUCCUAGCAGCCUCUCUGCACCCGUGACUCGUUUUGACGGACGUCCUCGUGCCAGAGACAGACCCAAACCAAGGAGGAGGCCUCGUCCAAAAGAGCCCGAGGAGACGAGACGUUCUCGCUCAGCUCCUGCUACUGGUGCCCCAACAACCCCACAGCCACCUUCACACACUGCCCAAAAUGAAGGUUUCCUCUACCGCAAAAAGGCGACCACCUCUGACCUUGAAGCUCAGCAGAGGAGUCCAAACAGCAAGUCCUGGGUGAACGUAUACUGUAUUCUGAAAGAUGGAAAGCUGACCUUCUACAAGGAUGCUAGAAACCACACCGUAACGUACAACGAGGAGCCUUCGGUUGACCUCAGCAUCUGCUCAUUCGAUCCUACAAUGGGAUACAAGAAGAAGAAAAAUGUCUUCAUCCUUAAAUUAAAUGAUGGAAACAACUUUGCGUUCCAUGCAAAAGAUGAGGAGGACAUGAAGGCCUGGACUUCAAACAUCACCACCUGUAUAGAUGAGUACGAAGCCAUGGCCAUUUGGGACAAGCCAGGCACUUCGUCCAUGGACCCCGACCACUCUGAGAGGAAAGAGAAGUCGGAGGGGGACGCGGAUGCCAGGUCAGAGAGGUCCGAGCUUGCCGAGGGGGAGGAGAGGUCUGAGAAAGAGAGGUCAGAGAAAGGGGACGGCUCGGAGAAGUUAGACACGUCAGAAAUCGCCGACAAAUUGGAGGGCGGGGCGGGGGGCUCCAGCACGUCUGGAAAGAGCAAAUGAGGAGCCCCCCUUUGUGUUUUAACAUUACUCACUGACU